AUGCGCCGCAGGGGAAUUCAGCCCAAUGUGGUGACCUACAACUCGCUCAUCAAGGCUUCACAACAGAAUGCACGGCAAUCUUGGCGGCUCGUGCAGGAGAUGCAACGGGCGGGCCUGGAGCCAGAUGCCUUCACCUGCUCGAUCUUGGCAGCAGGACUGCGACACUCUCCGACCUCGCAGGGCCUGGACCAAAUCCUGGAGCUGAUGUCCAAAGGCGGGAUCGUGCUGGACGAAGUGCUGCUGAACUGCUUGUUGGAUGUCUGCAUCCGGCUGAAGGACCCUUCGAGACUACCGGAACUGCUGAGACGCUGGGAAACGACGGGACUGGCACCCUCGUCUCAUGCCUGCGUGAUGCUGAUGCGCGCCCACGGGCAUGCCAGGAACUUGCCUGAGGCCUGGCGUCUCUGGCGGCGGCUGCUAGAUGACGAUACGAUGCCGACGGAGGAUGCCUUCAUGAGCAUGGUAGAUGCUUGCUUGGCGACCUCGGACGUCAAGGCGGCCUUGCGUGUCUUCAAGGAAUGUCGGGCUCUCCUUGCUGGCUUCCCGCGAGCUGCUGUGGCCUUCGCGCUGGCUGUCAAGGCUGCGACUGCGUCCCAGCAGCUGGCCGCUGCAGUGGAGCUCUACGAAGAAACCAAGGGUUCACUGCGACUCACCGCGGUCACGUACAACACCCUGAUAGAUGCAUUGGUGCGUGCUGGAGAUCUCAAGCGAGCCAUGCAGCUGUUUCGGGACAUGGCGUGCCAGGAUACAGGACCCGAUCUCAUCAGCUUCUCUAUCCUCAUCAAAGGCUUUGCCAGCUCGGGAGACCUCGAGACAGCGAUCCUGCUUCUGGGCCAGAUGCAGGGCCAAGGGAUUCAGCCAGACUCGAUACUCUUCAACUCCAUCCUGCAUGGCUGUGCUCGGAGUCAGAGGCGUGCUCUGACGGAAGAGGUCCUGGCUGAUAUGGAGAAAGCCGGGGUUGCGCCCUCCAACUUCACAGUCUCUAUUCUAGUCAAGCUGUACGGCCGCUGCGGAGAUCUGCCGGCGGCACUGGAGGUUAUUGAGGAUUAUCCGAAGCGCUUCGGAUUCCGGCUCAAUACGCAGGCCUACACCUGCCUGAUGUCCACAUGUAUUUGGAGUGGCGACUUACCCAAAGCCUUUGACGCGUACCGGCGCAUGCUCGAGGAUGGCAUUGAAGCAGAUGGGAAGACCUUCGAGACACUGCUAAGUGGCUGUGUGAAGUUCGGAGAGGCGAUCAGGGCCUCGCGGGUUCUAGCCGACGCUCUGAGCUGCUCAGUUCGCCUGAACCGAGAGACUCUCGAGUCGGCCGUGGUCAUGGCCCACAAUCGCAACCCCGAUGUAGCUUCCGAGAUGAUCAACCGCAUGACGCAGGCCGGGCUCUCACGAACCCAGCACAGACCUUCCGGCCUGUGA